UUUCCUUAAUAGAUAACAGGUUUCUCUUUGUUUUCACAAGAACCAUUUCAAACAUCAAAAUGUAUAAUAGACUGUUUAUUAGCAAUAGAGGAUUGUUACACCCCAAAAUAUGUGCAUUAUAUAUAUGUUUGUUAGGAACAAAAAUAUUUAGAGUGACUUAGUUGAGUCCUUCGAUUUGGUCUUAAAUCUUGCUCAGCUGGCUAAGCAGCAUAUUAGUGCUUGAACUUGAAGCAUCAAAAUUGUUAUUCACAUUUCACAAGGCUGUUUCAAAAUUUCCAAUCUCAAGCAAGGCCUAUGCCUAAGUUUCUUAACCAUAACAAUAUUGCUAAUUAAUGUAGUCCUCCCAAUUUCAUAUUGUCAAAUGGACAGAUCAAGAAGACUCAUUACUGAUAUAACAAUUAUAGAAGAGCUGUUUCUCAACUGCUUGUUUGUAGUGAGAAGAAAUUUCACAUGGCUUCAGCCUAAUUUAUAGGCAAGCUGCCUGCCCGACUGGCCUUUAUAUAGGUUUUACUGACACCAUGUCUCGGCAUCUGAUCUUUUCCAAACUGCAACACUUGAAGAUCAGUAGAAAGAGAAGAAAAACAUACUGAUAAACAGUAACGCUUGCAUUUUAGACAUAUAGGCAUGGAUAGAAGAUACGCUUUCCUUUUGGUGGCCCUUGCCCUAGUAUUCAUUUCCAUGGAAGCUAGCUAUGCUCAAGGUCAGAGCGAAGGCAACAGAAAGAAGGCACCCUAUGAUGCUGCUUCAACACAUUAUGAUGUUUUGGAACCGAGCACGACAGGACAGGAAAGAGUUUUUUGCCAAGCAAGAGGGGCUUGUAAUGGGAAGAUACUCACAUGUCCAGCUCAAUGCCCUCAGAGGAAGCCCCGGAAGAACAGGAAGAACAAAGGAUGCUUCAUUGAUUGCAGCAGCAAGUGUGAAGUCACUUGCAAAUGGAGAAAACCAAACUGUAAUGGAUAUGGCUCUCUCUGUUAUGAUCCAAGGUUUGUUGGCGGUGAUGGAGUUAUGUUCUACUUCCAUGGAGCCAAGGGAGGAAAUUUUGCCAUUUUAUCAGAUGAUUACCUCCAAAUCAAUGCACACUUCAUCGGAACACGACCUGAAGGAAGGACUCGAGACUACACAUGGGUGCAAGCCCUGGCUGUCAUGUUCGACACUCACACGCUGGUACUCGCAGCAAAGAGAGUGACUCAAUGGGAUGACAGCUUUGAUGCUCUUACCGUAAGAUGGGACGGUGAAGCAGUCAACAUCCCCAUUGAUGGAGAGGCUGAAUGGAGGAGUAAUUCAGAAGAAAGAGAAGUGGUAGUAGAAAGAACUGAUGAAACCAAUAGUGUUAAAGUGACAGUUGCAGGCCUGGUGGAAUUAAAUGUUAAGGUUAGAGCAAUUGGAGAACAAGAAAACAAAGUACACAACUACCAGUUGCCAGCGGAUGAUGCUUUUGCCCAUUUGGAGACUCAGUUCAAAUUCACCAAUAUAACCCAUCUCGUGGAAGGAGUUUUAGGCAAGACAUACAGGCCAGACUAUGUUAGCCCCGUGAAAAGAGGUGUUCCAAUGCCGAUGAUGGGUGGGGAGGACAAAUACCAAACACCAUCCCUCUAUUCCCCUCUCUGCAAAGCUUGCAGGUUCAAAGGACAAGCCGGUUUUGCUUCCAUCUAAGGCCUACCUUAUUAUACUGAUUUAAAAUAAAUAACAUACAUGUUUUAACAAGGCAGUGAAAUGUGUGUAUUGGUCUCUUCGGAUCAUCAGCUUUGUGAUUGAAUUACCAAUAAGGGCUAGACUUUGCCCAUGACAUCAUUAUUUUAAACAGAUGUAAACAAUUCUAUCGUUUUCAAAGAUGUAAAAUUUAGUUUUAUAUGUACCAGUUGAUAACAUAUUUGGUGAUAGUCAAAUCUUCAACCACAUUAAGAAAAAUUUCAUUUGAAGCCACAGCUACCACGCUAAAUGAAGAUGAGGAAGGUAGUAUGAAAGGAGCUAAUGGGAUGUUUGCUAGUAAUUAACUUUAGGUGUUGAGUAAUUGCUACUAAUUAAAUCUCCAGUUCGCGUGUGUAUUUUCCCUAUAAGAUUCUCUCUUAGGCUUUGCUUGAUAGAAAAAAUGGAAAGAUUGAGAAUGCAAAACUUACUAAUUUAACAAUUAAGCUACAAAGUAGAAAAGUGAUUAUAAAUUGUAACGAUUAUAUUAACAAAUUUUUUAUCCUCGCCUAUUUCUAUCCUUCCUACCAAAAAAGCCUUAACCUUUGUCAUUCGAGGAAGUGGUGUAAUCCUCACCACUCAAAGUUACACACUUUGAAAAUUUCUAGACAUAUGUCUUGAUAAAAAUGAGUAAAAUGUCUGUUUUGCAAAAUCAAAUCUGUUUGCUCAGGAUAGAGAUCAUAAAGCCCAAAUAUUAGGAUCAGAAUGAAGAAAACCACUGAAUCUUUUCCAGGCAUGUG